AUGAUCGCGCCCCUCGCGACGAUCGCGCUCCUCGCCACCGCGUUCGCGUCCGGCGCGCGCGCCGAGGCUGUGCACGGGGCUUUCGUGCACGGCGUCGCCUCGGGGGACCCCACGCACGAUUCGGUGGUCAUCUGGACCCGCGUCACGCCCACGGGACGCGACCCCGGGGAGACGGACCCGGACCCGAACGUAUCCUUCGACGUGCGAUGGAGGGUCGCCACGACGCCGCCCACGUCCGCCGCGGUGGACCCCGACGCCAGGCCCGUCGUGGAGGGGUCGCGCGUCCCGAUGGCCCCGGGCUCCACCGUCUUCGGCUGGUCCGACUCGUCCAAGGUGGCCAGAGCCGGCAUCGCGACCGCGAGGGCGGAGCGGGACUGGACCGUGAAGGUGGACGUCACCGGCCUGUCCCACGGCGUGCGGUACUGGUACGCCUUCGACGUCGUCGACACGCGGGGGGGGUCGAAAACGAAGCCGUCCGAUUUUCCGCCGAUGACGCGAGAGCGACGAAGCGAGACCGGAACGUUCGAGCUUCCCCCGCCCAAGGGCGUGGCGUACCCGCGAGACCACGGCCCCGUGCGCGCCGCGGUGUUCUCGUGCGCCAACUGGGGCUGGGGGUACUUCCACGCCUACGACGCCGCGGCGCGGGGAUGGGGCGGCGUAGACGAACUCAAUUCGAUAGCCGAGGACUCGCGCCGGCUCCACGUGUGGUUCCACCUCGGCGACUACUACUACGAGUACGGGCAGACGCACUACCCGAACGCGGACGAGUCCGUGCCCGAGCGGUGGCGCUCGCUGGACCCGAGCACGGAGACGGUGACGCUCGACGAUUACCGGCGAAGGCACCGGCUGUACCGGAGCGACCCGGGUUUACAGCGGCUGCACGCGUCCGCGCCCGUGGUCGCGAUGUGGGACGACCACGAGAUCGCGAACAACCCGUGGAUGAACGGGGCGGAGGAUCACCAGGCGUGGGAGGGGGACUUUAAGACGCGGGCGAGGGCGGCGAUCCGCGCGUACCACGAGUGGCUGCCCACCCGCGAGCCCGGCGGAUCCAACGGCGAGGACGAUUCUUCCGAUUCCGACUCUUACUACUACAACCGCACGGUGCACUUCGGUGACGUCGCGUCGUUCCACGUGCUCGAGACGAGGCUCACGGCGCGCACGGACCCGAACGCCAACCCCAGCGGCAACGUCUGGGCGAACCUCACGGCGGAAAUCGCCGCGUCCGACACGAAAGCGCCCGCGUCGUGGCCGGGUAGCGCUUUGGAGCGUCGAAUCCGCGACGUGAAGACGGGCCUGGACGCGUACAGGAGCGAGGAGAACGAGCAGAUGGCGGGUCCCGCCCAGCUCGCGUGGCUCGUGGACGAGGUGACGAGCAGCGCGGCGUCGGGGGUGGCGUGGCAGAUCGUCGCGCAGGCUUCGCCCGUGAUGGACAUGAUGAGCCCAGACGUGGAAAAGGCGGCGGAUGCGUUGGACGGGGACGGGGCGCCGCCGCCGACGGGGCACGAAAGUUGGCGCGCGGCGCUGGAGGCGUGGACCGACUGGACCGGCACCGCGCCACCAAACGCCGAGUCCUUCGGCGACGGCGGGAGGGCGGUGCCCGUGUCCGCGGCGAGGGCUUUGCUCGCCGCGGGUCGGUACCGGUUGAAUUGGAACUUUGACGACUGGCACGGGUACGUAGCGGAGCGAAAACGGCUGCUCAAAGCGCUCGUGCCCAACGCCAACCGCGCCGUCAUCAUCGGCGGUGACUCGCACGAUUCCUGGGCCGGGGUCAUCGCCGCGGACGAGACGCACUGGGGCGCGGAAGGUUCGUGGGCGGCGGGCGCGAGAGACCCCUCAUCGUUGGUUAAUUCGGUGGGCGCCGUGGAGUUUGACGCCCCGUCGGUGUCCCCCCCGGGCGCGUUCGAGCAGUCGUUCGCGUGGUGCCCGAGCGAGCUCAUCGACCGCGGGCACCUCGAGGCCAACCCGGGGACGCUGCGUCACGCGCAGACGGGCCGACGCGGCUUCGUGAUGAUCACCGCCGACGCCGACGCGUUCACCGCGGAUUUCGUGCUCACGCCCACCGUGCGCUCCCGAGGGUACUCGCCCACGUGCGGCGGCUCCUUCGUCGUCACCGAGAACAGCGCCGACGGCCUGAACGGCGGGGGCCUCGUGCUCACCGAGCGCGCGUGUCCCCAGUUCCCCUCGAAACUGUUCACGGGCCCGGCGGACCCCCGGUUUGUCGACUGGAGCGCGGGCGCCGCGGCGGGGCUCGGUUCCGCGGCGGCGACGGAUGGUCGGGACGACGGACGAAUCAAGACGAUGGACGAGACGUGGAUAUUCGGCGUCUUCCUCGGCGCGUUCUUCGUCGUGGGGUUCGCCGCGGGUCUGACGUGGCGGCAGGGCGCGUGCGGGGACGUGAACGCGCGCGGGGGGUCGGGCGGCGGCGACCGGGGCACCGCGGGUCGGGGUCGGCGGGGUCAACGCAACUACCACAGCCUCGACGACUCCGCGGCGCGCGACGCCGCCGACGGGGACGAUCGGCAGUCGGAGAUCGAGAUGGGAAGCGUCGGGGGGACGCGGCCCAGCAGAUGA